AUGUCCAACAGGCAUGAAAAGAACAGCGAAUCAAAACAAAACAAAAAAGUGGCAGUGAACGAUCGAUAGAGUCGAAUAUUCUAUCGAUUUUUCGUCAGUUUCUCACAACCGUGGCGGUUGUGCAACAACUCCAAUAAGAUGUCUGGCCCUGGAGGUCGCUUCUUUAAAAAUCCGUUCCAGGAUUAUGUUGGUGGCCAGGUGGCAAAAAAUGAUGAUCACAUACGAGGACUCAUACAAUCGUACGUAAAUUUAAUUGUGGACAACACACGGCCUGGAAAAAAUAGUGACCAUAGGGGAGACUUGUACGUAGGCGAUGCAGGUAUUGCAUACAUGUUUUUAAGACUUCACGAAAUGGGACUGUUCGGUGCGGAUGCCCUGCAAUACGCCAAACAGUAUGUGGCGAACGCUAAAGGAAAAGCUAUUCGGUAUGCUGCUCGGGCAGAGGAGCGGUGUUCCUUCUUAUGCGGAAAUGCAGGAAUCUAUGCCGUUUCAGCAGCUAUUUGCCAUAAACUUGGACAACGGCAGGAAAUGGAUGAGGAUCUCAGACAUUUUGCCUCAGGGAUAACCGUUUGCAAAAAAAUCGACUUCAAUAAAAAUGGAAGCGAUGAAUUGCUCUUCGGAAGAGCUGGUUAUUUAAGUGGUAUUUAUUGGCUGCAUCAGACCAUUGAUAAGAGACUCUUUGCUCAUGAAACAUUAAGCGCUAUCUCUGGAGUGAUUAUCGAGAGCGGAAAACGAUAUUCUACUACUCAAAGAAGUCCAUUUCCGUUAAUGUUUCACUGCUGGGGCGAUGAGUAUUUAGGAGCAGCUCAUGGAGUAUCUUCCAUUAUGCACAUGCUGUUGGAGUCACCGCUUCAAGGAAAUUUGAAUAGCAACGAAAUGGCGGCAGUUCGAGCUACUAUCAACAGUCUUUUGUCUCUUCAGGAUGCCGAGGGAAAUUUUCCCGUGACACUACAAGACUAUUUACAACGAACGAGAGAUGAAACACUAGUUCACUGGUGUCAUGGUGCUCCAGGGAUCGUUUAUCUGAUGGCCAAAGCUUAUAUUGUGUUUAAAGAUCAGAAAUAUUUGCAAUCAUGUGUUCGCUGUGCCGAUCUUGUUUGGCGUAAAGGACUACUACGUAAAGGUCCUGGAAUAUGUCAUGGUGUAGCCGGCAGCGGAUACGUCUUCCUACUCCUCUAUAGACUGACAGCAGACCCCAAGUACCUCCACCGAGCAAUUAAAUUUAUGGAGUUUCUAACACACGAAGAGUUCAUUAGAUAUGCGCGCAAUCCCGAUCGUUCUUUUAGCCUUUACGAAGGUUACGCUGGUACAGUGUGCUUCCUACUGGAUCUACUGCGGCCGGAACGCGCCAGUUUCCCGUUCAUGGAUGUGUUCGAAGCCAAGUGUUAGAUGAAUGUCGGUUUUCUGGAUGUUGAUCAAAUUUAGAUGUGUCUCACGUAAAUAAAUUAAUUUUAUGAUUCCUUUCACAACUUUGCACUGAAAAAAGU